AUGGAGCUUCCAACCGAUGGCAAAUGGCUAUUCCGAUACACACUUGAUCCAGAGCAGCAUGUUACUGUUCUUUUCGCUAUGCAUCAAAAGAGUUUGGAAAUGUUGAAGCAUAAUCCUUGGGUAAUCUCAAUGGAUUGCACCUACAAGACUAAUCGUUACAAUAUGCCACUACUUGAUAUUGUUGGAUUCACCUGUACUGGUGCAUCGAUCUAUCUUGGGUGGGCAUUUAUUGUUAACGAACGAGAAGAAACAUACAAGAUUGUUAUGGUUUAUCUCUUGGAAAUGUAUGAGCAUCUGCAUGAAAAUGAUCGAUCCUUUCCAUCAGCACCAAGUACUAUCCUUACCGAUAAGGAACCUGCUCUGAUCAAUGCUGUUCAUGCUAUAUUCCCUUCUACUAAGACAAUCAUCUGCAUCUGGCAUAUCAACCUGAACCUAAUGAAGAAGGCUCUUCCACUUCUUCGGAAGGCUAUUGCUGACGCUCGUGAUAAUGGACUAAUUGAAUGGGAUGGGUUUUCUCUUCCGUCAAAUGACCAUCGACUAACAAAGAAGGAAUUGGAUGAGGAAUUAGCCAAGAUUCUUGAUCAAGGAUGGAGGAAGAUGAUAGCACGAUAG